CAAGCGUGCUAUGGUUCCUAGCCUUAUCUUUACGUCUACUUCUUGCGAAACAAAAUGUCCACUAUGUCGUCUCCCAGGCCCUCUAUUACUUCCGCCCGCACGCCCACACCUACAGGCUCCCGAAGACCCUCUGUCGACAGCUUAGCCGUGAGCAUCGCAUCUACUCCCACCCACCGAGCCCCAUCUCCAUCCAUCACACAUCGCCGUAAUAGAGCCGCACUGCGAGAUUACUAUAACCUGAGAUCAAAUCGCACCGAGCCAUCGGUUUCAAUUCAGCCAAGUGCGCGCAGCGCCCCUCGUGCCCAAGAUAGCCUUGCGCCGCAACAGGCCACCCCAAUUACCAACACUGAGCUUGACAACCCAAGUUUUGACCCGUCAGCCUAUGUUUCACACCUUUUAUCCACAUCCUCUCUUUCAACAAUUUUACGCGCUGAAAAUUCACUUGUCAGCGAUAUUAGAACUCUUGACGGUGAACGCAAAGCUUUGGUAUAUGACAACUACUCAAAGUUAAUAAAAGCAGUGGAAACCAUUGGCAAGAUGAGAACCACUUUAGAAGAAGAAGGUGCCCCAAUGAUUAUGACGAAGACCCUUGGGCCAGCGAUAGGAUUUGUUGCUGAGACAGCUGGCACCCUGAUCAAGGAGCAGGAAGAGAUGAACAACAGAGGCAAUGACGAGAUUAGGCAAUUAAAAGACAGGAAAAGCCCAGAUAAACAAACUGUGAGAUGGGUAUUGGAUACACCAAGGCGUCUCCGAGUCUUAUUAGAAGAGGAUAAAACCGACGACGCAGAGAGAGACUGGGAGGAGAUAAAGCAGCUGCUAGCCAAGUGGGAACGGGUGAAAGGCGUUGAAGAGUUGAAGCGAGAAUGCGAAGCCAUUUUAAAACAGGAGAGGUAGAGAAACACGUCGUCUGCAAAGGACCUUAAAACGCCUGUGCCAUCGAGACCCUGCAUAUGUUCACGCCAUACACGCCUUGUCGAUGAUAUAAUUGGCGCAGGAUAUUCAGUCGAAUCUUGACUGCGCUGUUUAACUGGCCGAUACAGGAAUGAACUCAAUGAAAGAGGCAAGGUUUCUAAAAAAUCUUAUAAAAUCAAUUGUCUACUCCUGUCGCAAAUAUAUGAAUAAUUUGGCGGCUAUGAAACUCCUUGGAGAAAGACGAGAAAGAAGAUUUCAAAUGGCUAGAGUACUAAAACUUGACUCAACUUCCUUAAAAGCGUACGAUAAACGUUAUCCCGGUGAUAUGUUUCUAUGCACGGGGCUACGUCGUCAAAAAGCUUGAGCAAAAGGAUG